CUUCUUGCUACGUGACAGCUUCCGUAGUCGAUUACACUCUUUAUCGGAUGAGUAAGUCAAAGUUGGCACUUCAGUCAAGCAUCAAAAAUGUCUCGACUGUCAUCGGCAAAAUCGAAGAAGGGCUCGCCACGGUGCUACAUCCGGCGGCGCGAUCUGGGAGGCUGCGACGACAGUGAUUAUGCGG